GUUGGGACUCGAUGGGGUGGUGCCUUGGUGCUCAGAACCUGCUCCUGUAGUUCAGAGACAAACACAACUCGGUGACGAGCGCGCGGGGCGAGUCAUCGCUCUAGUUUUACCGCGUGUAACAUUUGCUGAAUGUGAGAGUGGAAAGUAAAACUGGUUCCGGGGACUUCGAUGUGAAUUAGCAUGGAACAAGAGGAGAGCAAAAUCUCGGUGUGGGUAUGCCGGGAGGAGAAACUGGUGUCCGGGGUGUCCAGACGCACCACCUGCGCGGAUGUAGUGAAAGUGCUGCUGGAGGACCAGAACUUCCAGAAAGGCGCGAUGCUCACCGGUACUCCGCAGUCGUACUGUAUCGUGGAGAAAUGGAGAGGUUUUGAGCGCAUUCUGCCAAAUAAAACCAAAAUCCUGCGGCUGUGGAGCGCCUGGGGCGACGAGCAGGAGAACGUGCGCUUCGUCCUGGUCAGGAGCGACGCGUCGCUGCCCAACAGCGGACCGAGGAGCGCAGAGGCGCGGGUCGUGCUCAGCAAAGAGAGUCCUUGCACUACCAGAGCCACCAUGCAGAUUUCACAGGAAAAACAGCGGAGGAUUGUGCGGAAGGCUUUUAGAAAGUUGGACAAAAUUAAUCGGAAGAAAGAGGAGGCUUCGAGAGAUAAAUCAUCGGCGGAGAAAAUGGAAACGCUCGUACAUCUCAUAGUUUCACAGGAUCAUACUAUCCGACAGCAGAUACAACGAAUAAAAGAGCUGGAUAAUGAAAUUGAAAGGUAUGAAUCAAAAGUUCACUUUGACAGAAUGAAAAUACACGGCGUAAACUACGUGCAAGACACUUAUUUGCUCGACCAAGGCUUGGAUACAGAUUCCAGCGCGCAUCCGGACGCGUCCUUUGCGCAGUUUGAGGAAUACGCGGCACGCUGCGACCAAGUCAUUCAACUUCAGGAGGAACUGGCCGAGAGGGAGGCUCUGAUGGAGAUACUUACAGGUGAAAUACAAGAAGAACUCAACCACAGGUGGAUGAGACGGCGACAGGAGCAGCUUUCAAACAAAGACGCGGAGAGCACUGCAGAACAAACGGCUCUCAAGGUGACUUCGGUUCCUGAGGAGCCGGUCCCACUUGUUCCGGACCUCCUAACAGACAAUGAACUCCAAUUAGAGGAGGAGAGAAUCAAAACACAACUGGAUACGAGUUUAUAUAUCGGGCUGCGCUUGAACACCGAUCUGGAGACGGUGAAGAGCGACUUGGAUGUGAGUCAGGAGCUUUUGGACACGAAGGAAAAGGAGUUGAGGGAAUUACUCGAAAAGGUUCACAGCUUAGACGAGUUGCAAGGGAUACAGGCGGAUGACAGCAAAGAUGAAGGAGAAACUGAACAACUGCCUUCCGUGGACAAAGACCAUGUUUGGGUAGAGCAGGCGAGGGGACUGUCCAAAACAUGCACCAAUGAUGAUGAUUCGGACACCGGAUUGAGUUCAAUGCACAGCCAGGACUCGGAUAACGCGCCUGUUUGCGAGUCACUUGUGUGACAGGACGCUGUGGAAAUCUUAAAGGGCCUAGAAUCGUGUAUAUGGCUCCGCGGGAAUCAUUCGAAACGGCGCGAGCUCAGGGAAGAUUUCACCUCUAUUGAUUUCACGAAUGUUCUCUCUUCAUAAGAGAGGAACGCAUGUACAUUAUACCAGUAUAGUGUUAUGAUCGCCUCACUCUCUAAUUGUCUCAUUUAUACAUACGGAGAAUAGCUUGUAAGGUGCAGCUUAUCAAAUUAUAACGAAUUAACCAAUGCAUACACUGUCCACUGCGUGCUGACUAAUGUUGUAAUACCAAUACUAUGUAUUUGAUUUAUGUAGCCUUAUGUUUCAAAACUAGAAUUAGAGUUUUGUGGGUUUAUAUAUAUAUAUAUAUAUAUAUAUAUAUAUAUAUAUAUAUAUAUAUAUAUAUAUAUAUAUAUAUAUAUAUUCAAAAUUUACAUUGUUAAAUAUUGAUGACUCAUCCUGCACUAGACUACACUGAACUCAGAUGUUCUCUAGAAACAAGUAGAUGAAACCUAAUUCUUGGCUGAGAUAUACCUGAAGUCUAUUGGCUAUUUAAAAAAAAAAACAAAAAAAAGGAUGAGGCUUUCAAUAUGCCCCGGCCACACUUCCUUUUAAACAGGAAAUAUGUUUUAAACAGAGGAAAGAUAGUAGUUACAUCACAAACAUGAACCAUGAUUUGCUAGUCAGUUGCAGGUGGUAUUAGGGGGUGGGGCAUUCUGACUUUAUUGAGCAUCUGAUUGGACAAAAAUCUGUGUAGUGCAGGAUGAGUCAUCAGGAUUUCUGGUCAUUUUUUUCAGUGUUUAGCAUACAGAAAUCCUCAUAGUUAACAUGCAUGGACUAAAAACUACAAAACUCUAAUUUUGAUUUAAUGGGGUCUUGAGAAUUAUUUAUUGUACAACAUUUAGGCAGACAAAAUAUCUGCAUUAAGCAACUAUGUGCUAAUUACUUCCAUUUUCAUCAGCUGACUAAUUAGAACAAUUUGCUAUGCAGCUUUAACUUGAGGAAUCAAUUUGUAUAACCAGAAAACAUCCUGAGCUGUAACUAAAGUUGUGGGAAUCUAAAAGUGCGUGCGACAGACUGCUGUUUAUUCAAACUUCUGAGGAGCUGAUGCGAGAAUCCCUGUUUUCUCAUAGUAAAGAGGAAGACUAAAGCGAUUUCAAUGAGACUGCUCCAAUUAAACUAAAUGCACAGUCUUCUAGACAUACUUUGCUGUUGUCAUUUCUGGUUACUGUUUUUUUCUUCUUCUUCAUUUUUUAGUCUCAAGGGACAUUUUAGGAUCAAAUGAUCAUUUUUUCAUUGAUUAUACUCACUCAGUAAAUAUGAUUUCUCCAUUGCAACUAAUAGCAAAAUUUUCAAGUGGAACACCUAAAUAUGUUUUUGAAUGCUGUUGCAGCAUUUAAUCUCAAUUUGUUAGGUAAUUUAAUAUUAAUUAUAUCAUUAUAGGAAUUAGAACGUCAAAAUCAAAUUUCUUGCCGAUAUAGUACAAACACAUUGUAAAACAAAGUCAUAUACUCACUUAAAACAUGCCAGAAACUGUAGAUUUUACUCCAGCAUGAGCUCAGCAUCAUAACCGACACAGAGUUUCUUAAGUUUGGGCAGGGCGUCCAUCCAACGCAAUGCAGCAGAGUCACAGAGUUCAGGGAUUCUGUGGUGUAUGAAGAGGAUUUAAGAGUUAAGCCUUAAAUGUGAUGUUUUAAAACAGAGGAAGAAAAGGGAAAGAACAACCCUCCCACUUCAUUCUCAAAAAUGUUGAGUUUAAGGGAUGAAUGACAUUUAGGAAAGCCCUAAUAUGUCAGCUCCCUCCGAAUUUGCAAAUAAAAAAAAAAAUGUUUUAUGUUCCAUCUCUACAAACUUUAAUAAUAAAAACAUCAAAUUAAAAUUGAAUAAAAGUCCUCUGUUUAUGCUCUAUGAUUUAUGCUCUAAAAUAGAGCCAUUAAUUUGUUGAUUAAUAAUUAGCCAUUUAACAUUAGGCAAAUCCAUCAGAAGUCAUAUAAAAGGGUCUGAUUUUCAUGCUGGCAGCAGUGAGUUUUGUGAUUAAAGUAGAAGAGGAGGAGGAGGGGGACAGAUGAUAAAGCGCCAUUAAUCUGGAUAGAAUUGAACCAUUUCAAAUAAACAACAGCUCUGACGGGUUUGGAAGAGAUUCAAGAACAGCUGGACGAGCAGAGAUGCACAGCGUGUCGAUGUGGGACAAACAGUGGCUGUUGAAUCAGGGGACACGCUGAGAAUGACAUUCAACAAAACCUUCUGGAUUAUUCUGGGAAUCGCAGGAACUGCUGUAUUGUACAAAUGUAGAUCUAAUGUUUGCCAUUAUUUAUUGUCCUGUUUAUCUGUGUAAAAUAAAAGCAGGGGUUUUUUGACGAUAAA